UCAUCGGUUAAGACAAUAGUUGUUUCACAUGCUUGUCACCAACCUACAAGCUCUCCAUGUAAAAAUGGAAAGGAUUACAGGUUGCAUUUUCCAUGGUUGUUUUACAUGCUUGUCACCAACCUAUAAGCUUUCCAUGUACAGAUGGAAACGAUUACAAGCUGCGUUUGCCAGCUUUGUCAUUUUGCAUGAUCUCUUUAGAUAUCGAGACAAGGUCGAGGACAUAUUUCACAUAUUGACACUUAAUGAAGCUUAAGAGAACAAGUGUUUUUGAUUUACAUGUUCGGCACCAAUCCAUGGGCUUAAGCUAUAAAGGGGCUUAGAGCCACAUCUUGAAUAGAACGAUCUGAAGAUGGGACUUUCAGCUUUUGUAUUGCGUCUUUUUCUAUGCAGUUUUGCAUUGUUCUUGAGUGCCUCUUCAUGGGAACUUGACGAUAAGAUCAAGGCACUUCAAGAUGCUGACCGUAUUCUAGGACUUCCUGGCCAACCUCCGGUGAAGUUCCGGCAAUAUUCUGGAUAUGUUACAGUUGAUGAAACUUAUGGGAAGGCACUUUUCUAUUGGUUCUUUGAAGCAACAUAUCAGCCUGAAAAGAAACCUCUUCUUCUGUGGCUCAAUGGAGGUCCUGGAUGCUCAUCUGUUGGGUUUGGUGAAGCUCAAGAGCUUGGCCCAUUUUUGGUGAAGGAAGGCCCAUCAAUAGUAUUCAAUAAUUACACGUGGAAUAAAGCUGCAAAUUUAUUAUUCUUGGAUUCUCCGGCCGGCGUUGGAUUUUCGUAUUCUAAUACAAGUCUUGAUGUUCAAGGAGAUAGCAUGACGGCCUUGGAUGCGCACACAUUUCUCCUAAACUGGUUCAAGAGAUUUCCACAAUACAAGUCCAGUGAAUUCUACAUAGCAGGAGAAAGCUAUGCAGGCCAUUUUGUACCACAACUUGCUGAGGUUAUCUUCGAUGAGAACAAGAAUUCCACAGAGGACACUUACAUAAAUCUUAAGGGUUUCAUGAUUGGAAAUGCAAUAUUGGAUGAUGAAACUGAUCAGAAAGGAAUGGUAGAUUAUGCAUGGGAUCAUGCAAUAAUCUCAGAUGGGGUGUACAAUUCAAUCAAGAAAAACUGUGAUUUUAUCACAAAUCUGACUGAAGAAUGCUGGGAUUCAUUAUUGAAGUACUAUAAUGUCUACAAAAUCAUCAAUGUGUAUAGCUUGUAUUCUCCAACUUGUCCUCUGGAUCAACCCUUUGCCAAGUCUACAAAAAUGUUUGCAGUCCCAAAAUCCCUGAAAACAAUCGUAUGUUCUUUAAUUCCUUUUCGUCCUUCUAUACAGGAUAUUCUGCGCAGAAUUCCAGCAGGAUAUGAUCCAUGUUCCAUGAAUCAUGCAACAGAUUAUUUCAAUCUUCCAGACGUUCAGGCAGCACUUCAUGCUAAUGUAACCAACAUACCAGGACCAUAUGUCCUUUGCAAUAAUGAUGUGAACAGUGCCUGGCAAGACUCGGCCACUUCAAUCUUACCAGUAAUUAAGAAGCUCAUCAAUGGGGGCAUUCGCGUAUGGGUCUUCAGUGGAGACACAGAUGGUAGAGUUCCAGUGACCUCAACCAGGUAUACCUUAAAUAAGCUUGGACUAAACAUUACUGAAGAUUGGACUCCAUGGUAUAAUCACAGAGAGGUUGGAGGCUGGACAAUUACCUAUGAUGGGUUGACAUUCAUAACAGUGAGAGGAGCAGGUCACCAAGUUCCUACAUAUGCUCCAAAGCGUGCUCUUCAACUCGUCAGACACUUCCUAGCCAACAAGAAACUCCCAUCUGUUGCUUUUUAAUCAGCCCAUGAUCCAAUUUGUCAUGAAAUUAUCAAGCUGCAGAACAUUCCUCGAAGGAAUUGAGCUUACAAUUACCUCAUAUUGUACUAGUAUUUGUUUUAAUUAUGUGUUGAUCCAUCUUUCUAAUUUACCCGUAAACUUGGUUUUCAUGCAGCAACAUCAUACAUGCCAAAUUGUUCUAAAAGAAAUGUCUUUCUUUAGCAUUUCCUCUGUACCUUUCUGUCUGUAAUUUUGCAUUAUCAUAAUAUGUCAUCAGACAUAUUUGAUGCAUCUAAAUCAAGAAUAAAAAGCUCAGACCUCAAUUUUGGAUUCACAUGUUUGACACAAACUCAUAAGCUUUCAGUCUAUAAAUUGAAAGAACUAUUAACCACG